CUUCAGGUCCAAGUGGAACUGGAACCUUCUCCCAGCUUCACGUCCACCCUUCUGGAUGCAAAACAGGACUCCCACUGUGUGUGUGGGCACGGCCGCGUCACGCUGUCCUGGGCAGUGAUCCCCAAGAAGCUGGGAACCAUGAAUAUCACCGUGAGCGCAGAAACAGUGGAGUCCCCCCAGCCCUGUGACAAUGAGGUGGCCAUAGUCCCCGAGCAGGGCAGCAAGGACACCGUCAUCAGAUCCCUGCUGGUGGAGCCCGAAGGACUGGAGAGAGAAAUAAUGACCAACUCCCUGCUGUGUCCCUCAGAUGCUGAGCUAUCAGAGCAGAUUUCCCUGACGCUUCCAGAAAACGUGGUGGAAGAUUCUGCCCGGGUCUCGGUGUUUGUGUUGGGAGAUAUCUUAAGUUCGGCCAUGCAAAACACCCAGAACCUCCUCCAGAUGCCGUUCGGCUGCGGCGAGCAGAACAUGGCUCUCUUCGCGCCCAACAUCUAUGUGUUAGAUUACCUCAACGAGACGCAGCAGCUCACCAAGGAGCUGGAGACCAAAGCCCUCGGCUAUCUGAGUGCAGGCUACCAGCGCCAGCUGAACUACAGGCACCAGGACGGCUCGUUCAGCACCUUCGGGGAGAGGCACAGCCGGCCCCACGGCAACACCUGGCUCACGGCCUUCGUGCUGAAGACGUUCGCGCAAGCGCGGCGCUACCUCUUCAUAGACGAGCUGCACAUCACGCGGGCGCUGCAGUGGCUGUCCCGGGGGCAGAAGGACAAUGGCUGCUUCACCAGAUCCGGCUCGCUGCUCAACAACGCCAUGAAGGGCGGCGUGGACGACGAGGCGACACUGUCGGCCUACAUCACCAUCGCGCUGCUGGAGAUGCCGCUGCCCGUCACCCACCCCGUGGUCCGCAAUGCCCUCUUCUGUCUGGAAAUGGCGUGGGGCACCGCGAAGGAAGGAGCGCACGGGAGCCAUGUGUACACCAAGGCCCUCCUGGCCUACGCCUUCGCCCUGGCAGGAAACGAGGAGAAGAAGAAAGAGCUGCUGGCAUCGCUCGAGGCGGAAGCUGUGAAGGAAGGGGACUCGAUGCACUGGACGCGGCCACAGAAGCCCAGCGCGCCCGUGGGGCGGUGGUACCAGAUGCAGGCCCCCUCGGUCGAGGUGGAGUUGACGGCCUAUGUCCUGCUCGCCCUCCUCACGGCCCGGCCAGCCCCAGGCCCCGACGCCCUGACCACCGCCACCAAGGUGGUCCGGUGGCUCACGAAGCAGCAGAAUGCCCAGGGCGGGUUCUCCUCCACGCAGGACACGGUGGUGGCUCUCCAGGCCCUGUCCCGCUACGGGGCGGCCACGUUCUCCAGGACGGGUAAGGCCGUGCAGGUGAGCGUGCAAGGCCUGGACUUCUCCAAACAGUUCCAGGUGAACGAUCAGAACCGGCUGGUACUACAGCAGGCCGCUCUGCCACGGGUCCCAGGUCAAUACAAAAUGUCCGUGUCGGGACAAGGCUGCGUCUUCAUCCAGACAUCCUUGAGAUACAACAUCCUCCCGGGGAGGGAAGAUCUCCCGUUCACUUUGGAGGUGCACACGGAGCCCCCAACGUGCGACGGCCCGAAGGCUCACACCAGCUUCCGCCUGGUGCUCAACGUCAGUUAUGUCGGGACCCGGCCUGCCUCCAACAUGGCCAUCAUUGACGUGAAGAUGCUGUCCGGCUUCAGCCCCAUGAAGGCCACUGUGAAAAUGCUUGAGCGAUCCAGCGCCGUGAGCCGGACGGAGGUCAGCAGCAACCACGUCCUCAUUUACCUGGACAAGGUGACGAGAGAGGCCGUGAAGCUGUCCUUCGAGGUCGCGCAGGACGUGCCCGUGAGCAACCUGAAGGCCGCCUUGGUGAAAGUCUACGACUAUUACGAGACGGACGAGUUUGCCGUUGCCGAGUACAACGCCCCCUGCAGCAACGUCCACGAAAAUUCUUGAGGACGGGCUGAGUGAGCAGCGGAGUCCCUGCGCUCAGAACUUCACAGGAACUCUUCAAAUAUACAUGUACAUGUUUAUAUCUCUAAAGAUCUGAUACCAGGCACAGCGCUUCACACCUGUAAUCCCAGCCACUCAGGAGGCAGAGGCCUGAGAAGCGCGAAUCAAAGCCGGCCCAGAAGGAAAGUCCAUGAGACUCUUUCUCCCCAGUGAACCAGCAAAAAAGCUGGAGGUGGCGCUGUGGUUCAAGU